AAAUUGCUAAAACCCUAGCAGCAUCAUCAUCAGCAGCUCUUACACCAAACACAAACAAGAAAAAUGGUUCGCAGCAUUAAGAAUCCUAAGAAAGCCAAGAGAAAGAACAAGGGUUCAAACAAGGGAGAUGGAUCAUCUUCUUCGUCAAUUCCAACAAUGCCCACAAAGGUGUGGCAACCAGGAGUUGACAAGCUCGAAGAAGGCGAGGAGCUUGCGUGUGACCCAUCUGCUUACAACUCUCUUCAUGGCUUUAACAUUGGCUGGCCCUGCUUGAGUUUUGAUAUAGCGCGUGAUAAAUUGGGCUUGCUUCGAACAGAAUUUCCCCACACAGUGUACUUCGUCGCUGGCACUCAGGCGGAUAAAGCUUCUUCUAACACAAUAGGAAUAUUUAAAAUAUCUAAUAUUUCUGGUAAAAGGCGAGAAUUGGUACCAACCAAAACUACAAAUGGUGACUCUGAAAUGGAUACUGAUAGCAGCGAUAGUGAUGAAGACAGUGAAGAUGAGGAAGAUGGUGGAUCUAAGUCGCUGGUUUUGCAGAUACGUAAUGUAGCGCAUGAAGGAUGUGUGAAUCGUAUACGUUCAAUGCCACAAAAUCCCCAUAUAUCUGCUUCUUGGUCUGAUACUGGUCAUGUUCAGAUAUGGGAUUUUAGCUCCCAUCUGAAUUCUUUAGCUGAGUCAGAAACAGGGCACCAGGGAGUCCCUGCAGCUAUUAAUCAAGCUCCCUUGGUCAAGUUUGGAGGACACAAAGAUGAAGGUUAUGCAAUUGAUUGGAGUCCUCGUGUCACUGGAAGGCUGGUAUCUGGUGACUGCAAGAAUUGUAUUCACUUAUGGGAGCCAUCUGAUGCAACAUGGAAUGUUGGUGCGGCCCCAUAUGUGGGACAUGAUGCUAGUGUGGAAGAUCUACAAUGGAGUCCUACUGAGGCUGAUGUGUUUGCCUCUUGCUCUGUGGAUGGAAAAAUUGCAAUAUGGGAUAUCCGCAUGGGAAAGACUCCUGUAAUUUCUUUCAAGGCACAUAAUGCCGAUGUGAAUGUUAUUUCAUGGAAUAGGUUGGCUAGCGUUAUGCUGGCAUCUGGAAGCGACGAUGGGACAUUUUCUAUUCAUGAUCUUCGAUUAAUAUCUCAAGACCAGAAAGAAGAUAAACCUUUGGUAGCACACUUUGAAUAUCAUAAACAUCCGAUCACAUCUAUUGAAUGGAGUCCGCAUGAAGCUUCUGUAUUGGCCGUUUCAUCAGCUGACAAUCAGCUAACAAUAUGGGAUCUUUCGUUAGAGAAGGACGAGGAAGAAGAAGCAGAGUUUAAAGCUAAAACAAAUGAGAUAGUAAAUGCCCCAACUGAUUUGCCUCCGCAACUUCUGUUUGUUCAUCAGGGGCAACAGGAUUUGAAGGAACUUCAUUGGCACGAUCAGAUUCCAGGUAUGAUUGUGUCUACUGCAGCGGAUGGUUUCAAUAUUUUGAUGCCUUCAAACAUUCAGAGCACGCUUCCAUCAGAAGGUGCUUGAGAUUUGAAUUCAGCCGACGGAAAUUUUGCUUCAUUGCGGCAGGCCUACUGUAUAAUUGCAGAAAUUAGUUUUGAUUAUAUCAGCUUCUAGUUUGAUACAAAUGAUCAAUUUUGAAUAUAUGCACUUUUGCGAGAGAUUAUAUAAUGAUUUCUACAGAUAGUAUUAGCUUCAGUUUUAUAAUCUUUUUUCUUUUA